AUGCAAAAGCCCAUUGUGAAUCUUUCUCAAUCACAAUUACAAUCACCUGUUGUUCCACAUAUCAUUCCACCACCAUCAACUUCUCCAAUUCCAUCCACCACUAUUACUCCAUCCACCACCAUUCAGGUUCCACAAACAGUUCAAACUCCACUUGUUUCCACUAUUUCCACUUCAACUCCAUUACGUUCACCUAUUUUCACUGAAUCUACCACCACCACUACCACUACAACUCAACCUCCACCAAUUCCAAAUGAAGAAUCUCAGCCUGAAGAGAAUGAUGUUUUUCAUGUUUCGGAUGAUGAUGAAGUUGCAGUUGCUGGAUCCUUUCCAUCUUUUCAAGAACCAGUUCUAGCAGACUCUUUGCUAGACGAUGAAAGAGAUCUUGAUGAUGAAACUACUACGGCUCCUGCUACUCGCAAAGACUAUCAAAUUUUGAAUCGCAAGCUAAAUGCUUUGGUUCAUAGGGUUGAUUCUUUCUCUCCUACAAAUUUCAAAAUAUGA